ACCGACGUCACUGUUUGCUAUUCUGGGGAAGAUGGCGGAAGCUGCGGCGGUUCCCCCGCAUCGGUUCUUCUGUCAUUGUUGUAAGGGAGAAGUAAGCCCCAAGCUCCCGGAGUACAUCUGUCCCAGGUGUGAGUCUGGCUUUAUAGAGGAGGUAACAGAAGAUUCCAGUCUGCUAGAGGGUGGCGCUAAUGGGACAGAUGACACAGCCACACAGUUUGCAGAGCAGCUGUGGCACCUGUUGUUUGUAGAGAGGCCUUUCACAGUGGAUGGUGACAGUCCAGACUCAGAGCCCCGGGUCCCUGGUGGAGGGGUUGGGGUAGGAGCAGGGGGGUUAGGUCUGGGGGGGCUGGGAGGGCUAGGAGGCCUGGGAGGAGGUCCUAUCGGAGGGUCAGUUCCUGCUGGGUUAGGAGGACCCCUGAGGGGUCCUCUGGGAGGGGGGGAACACUGGGGGCCCGGUCGCCCCCCUCGCCUGCACAGUCAGCGGAGAUACCGCUCUAGAGGGAGCAGCAGACCUGACCGCUCGCCUGCCGUAGAGGGGAUAGUACAACAGUUUCUGGCUGGUCUAUUUGCCAACUCUGGAGUUCCUGGCCAACCUCCCCUCUCUUGGACGGGGAUGCUACACUCUAACCCAGGGGACUAUGCUUGGGGACAGGGAGGACUGGACGCAGUCAUCACACAGUUGUUAGGUCAGUUUGAGAACACGGGCCCUCCUCCUGCAGAGAAAGAGAAGAUCUCCUCCAUUCCUACAGUCAACGUGUCUCAGGAUCAAGCAGACUGCAGUAUGGAGUGUCCGGUGUGCAAGGAGGACUUUGCAGUGGGAGAGCCCGUCAGACAGCUACCCUGCAACCACUUCUUCCACUCAGACUGUAUAGUACCCUGGCUGGAAAUGCACGAUACGUGUCCUGUGUGUAGGAAGGGGUUGAAUGGAGAAGACAGCAACACCCAGAACCCCCCAGAAUCCCCCUCUCUAAACACGGACCCCCGCACACAGGAGAGAUGGUCCUUCUGAAAUACACCUCCCCCUCAUCGCCUUAUCGCACCUCUCCUCUGACCUCCUUUUAAUCUCUCCAUCUCAUCUGUCCUUCAUUCCACUUUUUUGACCCUCAUCCCCCUCUUCUCUACGAAUUACUGCACACAGGAGAUAAGGACUUUCUGAAGGAUAUACCUCCUUCAUCUCUGCCUCAUUCCUCCGUGUCAUCCCUUCAUCUCUGCUUCAUUCCUCCGUGGCAUCCCUUCAUCUCUGCCUCAUUCCUCCGUGUCAUCCCUUCAUCUCUGCCUCAUUCCUCCGUGUCAUCCCUUCAUCUCUGCCUCAUUCCUCCGUGUCAUCCCUUCAUCUCUGCUUCAUUCCUCCGUGGCAUCCCUUCAUCUCUGCCUCAUUCCUCCGUGGCAUCCCUUCAUCUCUGCCUCAUUCCUCCGUGUCAUCCCAUCAUCUCUGCCUCAUUCCUCCGUGUCAUCCCUUCAUCUCUGCCUCAUUCCUCCGUGUCAUCCCUUCAUCUCUGCCUCAUUCCUCCGUGUCAUCCCUUCAUCUCUGCCUCAUUCCUCCGUGUCAUCCCUUCAUCUCUGCCUCAUUCCUCCGUGUCAUCCCUUCAUCUCUGCCUCAUUCCUCCGUGUCAUCCCUUCAUCUCUGCCUCAUUCCUCCGUGUCAUCCCAUCAUCUCUGCCUCAUUCCUCCGUGUCAUCCCUUCAUCUCUGCCUCAUUCCUCCGUGUCAUCCCUUCAUCUCUGCCUCAUUCCUCCGUGUCAUCCCUUCAUCUCUGCCUCAUUCCUCCGUGUCAUCCCUUCAUCUCUGCCUCAUUCCUCCGUGUCAUCCCUUCAUCUCUGCUUCAUUCCUCCAUGGCAUCCCUUCAUCUCUGCCUCAUUCCUCCGUGUCAUCCCUUCAUCUCUGCCUCAUUCCUCCGUGUCAUCCCUUCAUCUCUGCCUCAUUCCUCCGUGUCAUCCCUUCAUCUCUGCUUCAUUCCUCCGUGGCAUCCCUUCAUCUCUGCCUCAUUCCUCCGUGUCAUCCCUUCAUCUCUGCCUCAUUCCUCCGUGUCAUCCCAUCAUCUCUGCCUCAUUCCUCCGUGUCAUCCCUUCAUCUCUGCCUCAUUCCUCCGUGUCAUCCCUUCAUCUCUGCCUCAUUCCUCCGUGUCAUCCCUUCAUCUCUGCCUCAUUCCUCCGUGUCAUCCCUUCAUCUCUGCCUCAUUCCUCCGUGUCAUCCCUUCAUCUCUGCCUCAUUCCUCCGUGUCAUCCCUUCAUCUCUGCCUCAUUCCUCCGUGUCAUCCCAUCAUCUCUGCCUCAUUCCUCCGUGUCAUCCCUUCAUCUCUGCCUCAUUCCUCCGUGUCAUCCCUUCAUCUCUGCCUCAUUCCUCCGUGUCAUCCCUUCAUCUCUGCCUCAUUCCUCCGUGUCAUCCCUUCAUCUCUGCCUCAUUCCUCCGUGUCAUCCCUUCAUCUCACUCCUCCUUUCUGAAUCAUCUUCAUCUACAGUCAUAGGAUGGUCAUCUCAGUAUGGUUGUUCCUGUCUCAAUGCCCCUGGAACCAUGUUCACACACACACAUCUUGAUUCGGUAGACCCCCACACACACAGAGUACACACACAUCAUGAUUCGGUAGACCCCCACACACACACACACACACACACACAUCAUGAUUCGGUAGACCCCCACACACACAGAGUACACACACAUCAUGAUUCGGUAGACCCCCACACACACACACACAGAGUACACACACAUCAUGAUUCGGUAGACCCCCACACACACACACACACACACAGAGUACACACACAUCAUGAUUCGGUAGACCCCCCCACACACACACACAUCAUGAUUCGGUAGACCCCCACACACACACACACACACACAGAGUACACACACAUCAUGAUUCGGUAGACCCCCACACACACACACACACAGAGUACACACACAUCAUGAUUCGGUAGACCCCCACACACACGUCAUGAUCCAUUAGCUGUCCUCUGCCUCAUCAUGACCAAGCACUUGCCUUUACCUCGCUUCAAACAUCAACCCCAUCUCGUUUUUUCUACUCUUUUCUCCAUAUUACUCUUUUUCCAUCCUUCUGAAAAGCACUGCUGUAAAACAAUGUCUCUCCCUACCUCUCUACUCCUGGGAUGCUUCUCAAUAGUCUAGAGUGGCUUCCUCUCCUCAUCAUCUGCACUGAACAUGGUGGAUGCACACCAGGAAUUUGGUUUUGCCUUUCUAGCUCUGUCACAUCAGUGCAGAAAGGAGACGAGGGGACUUCAUUUUGACUACUGAGACGGGCCCCUCUACAAUCUACUGUCAUUCUGGUGUAUAUAUUACAAACAGAUUGCAUCGCUCUGUCAUUUUACUCCUCUGUUGAUGACUUUUGUCUUUUCUUUCACAUUUCUAUCACUCUAUUUUUUUAAUGUAAAUACUUUUAGUCCAACAUCUUCUGGUUUGAGAAGAGAACAACAAAGCAUAUUGAGAAUGGAGACAAAUGUGAAUCCCUGGGUAUUAGUCUGUGUAUAUUAUUAUAUAUAUGAUAACAUGUAUGAUGUAUUAAUAAUUCCAAAAAAUAUUAAAAACCAGUAACAUUGA